CUCCGCGGUUGCUGCGCGCGUGUCCACGCUUUAUGUAGACGCGCGCCUCCGCGCUCCCUCAGGUGAAUGGGGAGAGAGGACAAGUCCUGAGAGCGUCUCUGCCCGAGCUGAAGUGAUUACAAUGGGGCUUCGCGGACUAACUAGAACGUGGAUGUACAUGACAGUCUGCCUUCUUUGGAUGACUGGAUGUUUCGCGCAAAAAGUAUACUUUGACUGUGGAGCGAAGGUGGAUGUUGUGGAUGUACAGGGCCUCAUUCUGUCACCCGGCUUCCCGUAUAACUACUCAUCUGGCACUCACUGUGUUUGGCAGUUUUUUGUGCCCGCCGGCCACCAGCUGACCAUGGAGAUGUUUGAUUUCGAUGUCUUUGAGAGUCACAACAGUCCUACCACAUCAGCAGACAUUGUGGAAGAGGUACUGAAUGAUGAAGGUACACCGCUAUCAAAAGGCCUUGCUAUUAGUCAGAGCAUGGGGAGUCCAAUCAAAGAACCCCACUCUGCCGAGGAAGUCAAGCAAGUGUUUGUCCCGGAGCAGUCCACAAAAAUAGAGAAAACUAAAGUUUCCAAUUAUGCCAAAAUGCUCUCAGUUUCCCUAUCUGCAGUACCCUUAGAUUCACAACCUUCUCUCUCAUUAUCUGGAGCUCAGGCAGUGGACGAUAAGGUCAGGAAUUCUGCAUCACCACAGGCAUCCAGAGCAGGUAGUGACCCUACAGAUGAAAUGGGUCACUUUGUCUCUGCAAGCCCAAGUACAGUCACAGAAAUGGAUGAAACUAUGAGCCCUGAUACCCAACAACCUUUAAUUGAUGCUUGUCCCUAUGAUGUCCUCUAUAUAUCUGACCUCAUCACCUUCUCCUCCCGAUUCUGUGGCUCUAGACGCCCUUCUAGCAGCCAGUUGGUGUUUGGGUCAGACAAUGAGAUGAUGGAGGUCAUCAUGGAGUUUAUAACCACAACCCACUUGGGUCGUGGUUUCGCUCUGCUCUUCCAUUACCAGAAUAAAACACAUGUGGCCACAAUUGGACACCAGAGAUCGGUGUUGACCUCAGAUGGCAGCACUGGUGCGUUGCUCUGUGCAGUAAGUGGAGCUGUCGUGUUUUCUCUGGCCCUUGCUGGCACACUCUGUGUGAUUUUCAGACCUAAACUUUGUGCAAAAGGAGUCAAUGCUUCCUCAUCCAUCUGCUCAGAGGUUCCAGAAGGAGUGAUGAAUUCAGCACCAGAUGUUUGUGAACUACAGAUGGUUUCUUCUAAUCACUUGGAGCAUAGUACAUUGAACGACAACAACAACCAUUCCCUCCACCGCAGUCUGUCCCACACAGGGUCAUCAAUCAAUGGAGCAUGCGAUGUAUCAGAGAAAGCUGCUCUAGAGAUGUUCUCCAGUGGCCUGACAGAAGUAGAGCUGGGCACAGAUGAAGUUUUUGUGAUAGCUUCUACACCCACUUCAGUUAAUCUGCCCUUCUCUCCACACACUCAACGUGAGCGUUUCUUGAGACACAGUGACACGGGACCCAGUCGCACUGGAUCGGCCAAUAGUGCACGACCACGAGCGUGGAGCGUCCGAACUUUCCAGGAUCUCCUUCCUCAACUCCAUAAGAAAUGGUGCAGCUGGAACUCCACCAGUCCCUUUACCAAACUGGUGGACCAUGGACUCCCAAAUGCAUCUACCGAUGCUCACAAUUGUAGAAGGGCAAAGGCCCUUUCUGAUGCUCCACUUCAGAGCCCUGACCAUAGCUGCCAAUCUGACUCCUUCAUAAGUAAUGCCUCGUACCCCCUGACUCAACCUGCCCAGCGACAACGGCGGCUUAACUCUACCAGCAACCUCAGAUGCACCCGAUUCAACGCACCAUGUUUUGGCCUGCUCUCUGGAGCCUCUGAGUCCUCCAAGCCAAAAGGGUCCACUAUUGUGAAUGGAAUUAAGACCAUAAACCAGCUCACUGAGACCACCAACGAUGCCUCUGGCCAACAGCAAGCCCAGGGUGAAGUAUUGAGUGCAGAGGAUGACCAUGUCACUGUCCCAGUGUUUGCUAUUUCAGAAGAGGAAGAUCGUCAGCCUCUCGUAAUAGGAGAACAUCACAAAAAGUCUUUGAAAAUCAAUGGGCACACGUGUGAAGGCCCAAAAAUGCCACUGCUAUCAAAAAGCCAGAUACCCAACAUCCAACCAACAGAUCGCUCAUUAGUGAGUGGAGGAGGCCCAAGCCAUGGUGGGACUUUACCUCUUGAAAAGCAGGGCUGUACCACUCUCUCGUGUUAACAGAGACUUGGAAAUACAAAGUCUGCCAUGUAGAGAAGCAAUUUGCUAUUUUAACCUGUGUCAAGCCGUUUCAGCCAAUAGAUGAUGUCAGCAGGACUGAAAACUGAUUGGCUUUCGACUUAUGAGAUGCUCUCAGUGUCUUCUGAUAGCAAGACAUGAAGCAGGUGUUUGAUUUUUUGAGGUGUUUAUUAUAAAUGUUGGCGUGAUCAAUGAAAAUUCUGUUUUGUUAAAGCACUUGUUAUUGUUCAUCGGUUUUGUAUUCGCACAGUUCAUUUAAGUAUAUAACGUCUAACAGUAUAUUUAGCAAUUGUUUUGAAAUAACUUGUACAUGAUAAAAGUUUAACCAAGAACACUUAAUGCUUCUCUCAUGAGUGGGAGUUUAAGAAGUUGUAGGCUUACUGCAUUGUUACUUUCAUUAUGAAAUUCCUUAGAUUGACUGUAUGAACAAUACUGCUUGUUCCUAAUCUCUUUGUAACACGUAAAAGACCAAUUAGCAGGUCUGGUAGAAAGAUGCUUGGCAUCUCUUGCAACUUCCAUUCUUUUGUGUGUGUGUGUGUGUGUGUGUGUGUGUGUGUGUGUGUGUGUGUGUGUGUGUGUGUGUGUGUGUGUGUGUUUUUGCAAUUCACCAUGGGUCCAAUAUGCUUUUUAAUUAUACAGUUAAAAAUAUUUUUCCCAACUGUUUUUGAUAGAACUGUUCAAUGACAUCACAACUGUUUUUCCACAUGUAAUUCACUUAUUACUAUGUGCCUUGUGGCAAUAAUCUAUGCUGCUUAAUAAUUGAAAGGGUAUACAAUCAUAUUUUUAUAAUGUGUACAUUUGCAUAUGCUGCAACAGUGUUUCAAUUGUCUAUUGAUUUUGGAAUAUAAAGGGAACUGAUCACUAUACAGACCUUUAAAAUACAGUAACUAACACUAUGCAAAUAAACAUUAGUGAAAUUGUUCAGGUGCUGUAUGAAUGCAAACUCAAAUAUUACAGACAAAAACAUACAAAAGACAGUGAUGAAAAGAUAAUUUGAUGCAUGUCUUUUUUUUAAUAGUGCAGUAAAUCAGACAAGGUUUUAGUCUGAGCAACAGAUUUAUUUUUAAGCAUUACUAACAAAGGAGACACAGCAAGCUCUAAAUCAACUCUAUGAAACUUGAACAGUGCUAUUAUAUGUGCUUCCCUAUAGUUAUCAACUACUCAAGAACUUAGUAAACCCUAAAGCUUAAAUUUUGAUGAGGUAGAAUAAACACCCCCUCUUCUGAAAAAGAAAGAAAAAAAAACCUUCCAAACUGAUUUCCAUCCCACCCCAGGUGAGUAAAUAUUUGCUGUGGAGUACAACAUUUCCCAUUCAGCAAAUGCAACACAGCCUCGAAAGCUCAUCUAACAGCCAGGACCAGUCCAGAAUAAAUCCCUCAACCCUUCCAUUGACCCUUUGCUGCAGAUAUUAAGAGUUCAUUGUAUUAGACUCACAGCACGAACACCACACAAGCCCCGCUUUAAAGGUUAGGCCACAUCAUAUAACUCAAGCCAUUCAAGUGACCUAAAAUCACCUUUAAGGCCAGAGCCUGUAUGUGGUUUGUGAAAAAACAUUGAGUACCUCAGCCAACCGAUAUUAAUGUUUGUGGCAUAGGGACGUGGUCAUCUGUCAGUCUGCGAGAGAGAGAGAGAGAGAGCGCGGUAAGGCUUGUCACCUGGUUCAUAAUUACCCCUAACAACUGUCUCUCAUUAUAGUGAUGCGGAGGGCGACAUAAAAGGCACGCCAGAGAGUUACAGGGGGAGAGAGUGACCGACAAAUGACCACGUCCCCAUGCCACAAUGGUAUUUUACAGACUUUAGAUGACAUCUGGAUAUUAAAGCAAUAUUAUUGGGCCUAAUUCAUGAAACACGAGCAGAAUAAAAUGUAUAAAUCCAUUCUUGCAUAAAGAGUUGCAUCGAAUUGUUGCAUUCAAAUUUCUCAGAAAUUUGGUCUGCUCGUGAAACACAAGUAAGCCUCUUAUAGCACCAGUGUUGGUGUAAUAAGACUCCAAAGUCAUUAAUUACUGUACUUUUAGUUUAAAAAGUAGUAUGUUACAAUUUGUAUUCUUAUAAUUAGAUUACAGUUGAAGACUUUCAAUAAAUUACUUUUAAGUACAUUUUCUGGGUUUCACAUAUUUCUAAAAUAUUAUGCAGGAUCAAUUUAAGCAUGAAUUAUGUACAAAUGUACCAUCCGUUUACGUUUCUGAUACAGAUAAAAGAGUCACUAACAAGUCAUUGUACGGAAAACAUGUGGACAAUGGAGGAGGAAGAAUAGACCUUAUUUUGAAUCUGAUGAGCGGAAAAAACAAGUGUUUUAGGAAUUGUUUUAAUUAUUAAUGCAAUUACUUCCUUAAGGAAGAAAUCAGUAUUCCAAUUAAAAUGUUAGAAUUAAUUGUUAGUAGUGUAUUACUUUUUUGUGUAGCUUUCCCAACACUGUUGAGAACACAUUUUAAAACGUUAUAACCUUUGCCUUGACAUAUCUUGAUAUAUGUAUCAAUAAAACACUAUACGUUAUAUAACGUAUAGACAAAUUACAAUUUAGAGAGCAGGAUUUUGCACUAAAAUGGAAACACUACAAUGUGUCAUAUACUGUACAAUCAGAUACACUAAAACUAAUGAUGUGCAGCAAAUCCAGCAAAUGUGGCUGUUUGUCAGGUGCCAUUAGGUCAGUGUCUGAGGUUUUAGUGCGCUGAGCCCUGGUGUCCACCUUCAUUAAAGCAGUUGAGGCUGUGGGUAAGGGUGGAAGAGGAUUGGCCUCUGGGGUUGUGGAAAUCUAAUCUGAGCCUCUGAGGAAUGCCAUUGUGUGAAGGACAACAUAUUAGAAAUCGCACAUGCAAAUGGCAAUUACAAAGGGCUUUCCUCCAUUUCUCAACAUAAUUUUUGCUCCCUGAAAGGUCUCUGGCCUCCAAGAUUUCUGGAAUACAACAAUGUAAUGAGCUAGUAUGUGCGGCUAUGUUUAGAUACUUGGAAAAAAAUGACACAUUAAUAGUUUUUGUUUGUUUUAAUGCAUUUGAGCUUUAUGGCUUUUAGUCCAUGCCAGCAGCUUAGAAGUGUUCUCUCUUAAAGUUGAAAAAAUGACCUUUUAUUAAAGGAGUACUCGUUGAGCUUUAAAUGUUAGUACAAAAAUGCAAUUUGACUUUCCUUUGUGACUUUACCUACCAUGGUAAACAAUAAAAAUGCUUCUCUCACCUCAAUCUUGCCAAAAUAAUCUGUUAAAGGAAUAGUUUACCCAAAAAAUUUUAUUCUGUAAUUAUUUUGUCAUUUUUGUAGUUUAUGCAUAGCGGUCAUUUUCUUUAUUAAAAAAUAAAUAACAAAUAAAAGGUUGCAUUUAAAUUCUAAAUUUCAAGUAAUUGAUUUCUCGUUUUUUUGUAUUAGAGUACUACAAAAUGACUCGAAAUGCCCAUCCCUAAAAGAAACCUUCCUAAACUAGCCAAAAAAAUUAUAAUAAUUUGCUGAACUUUAAGAAUUUGUAGGCUUGACACCUCAGUCCUCAAAUGUUUUUAACACUGGUCGUGGCAUCAGUUUAAUUGAUCACAAUGGCUUAAGUCAACUAUACUUUUUUCAAUUAAAACAAAAAAGACUAUGGCUACAACCAAUGUGGCUUACAAGUUAACAAAAUCAAGAGAUUUUUUUUUAAAACAUCCAAACUGAGGUCAGUAGGUCAGAAUUGCAGCUCUAGUUUAUUUAGAAAAUAUUACAAAUAAAAGCUAUUAUAUGGCCAAAUCUACCUAUAGUCCCGGCAAAAACACUAAAGAAAUCUCAUUAAAGGAAAACAUUAUCUAUUAUUAAUAUAAGCAUACAGGUAAAAAAACCUCAAAAAUUGUUUGACUAUUUAACUGGCCUCUUUUGGAUUUAUCGACAUUAAGAAUUAAAAACAAUUUUCCACCCAUUUGCAAAAUAGGGGAGCACAGAGUAUUUUUCCAACAGCAAAAUGCCAUAAUCAUAACAGGAUGUAGGAAAGCAUCUAAGACUUUAUUAUAAAUCAGAUUUGACAUGAUUAUCCCCUGCAGUGUAAUGCAGUCUUGCAUUAUAACAAUCUUUCUGCACUGUGUUCAUAUGCCUUCAGAACAGCCCUGCAAAUAAACACCUGCUCUCUCCAACUUCACAUGGCUUAUGCCCUUAAUGGUAAAAAAGGAAAAGAAGAAGAAAAGAAAAAGCCAGAAAAAAAAAAGCAGCCAGUGAUGCUGAAUACUAAAUAGCAUUGAUAGUUUAGUGCACUGUCAUAAAGAUACUGGUCAAUAUCUUUACCACAAACAUCCCUUUUAUAUAACAUGCAUCAACCUCACAUCACCUCAAUAGCAUAAAACAAGUCUAUAAUAGUGUUACAAUGAGACACCAAAAAUGGAAAGACUUAACAUUAAGGUUCUAUUUGUUUAAAUUACUACAGUAAAUGCAUUAGGUAUCAUGAACUAACCAUUAAUAAUUUUAUACAGCAUUUUUUAAUUAUGGUUAAAGUUUUUACAUAAACUAUUCAUAAUUAGUUAAUGUUACAAUAAGCAAUGUUAACAUAUACAUCUGUUUAAAGGAAUAAUUGACCCAAAUAAUUAUCUUAUCAUUUACUCACCCUUGUGCCGUCUCAAACAUGUAUGACUUACUUUCUUCAGCAAAACACAAAUUAAGAUAGUUUGAAGGAUGGAUAACGUGUUUGUCCAUACAAUGCAAGUCAAUGGUGUCCAAAACUUUCAUGCUCCAAAAAGAACAAAGGCUGCCUAAAGGUCAUCCAUAUUAAAUGGUUUAAUCUAUGUCUACUGAAGCAAUAACAUCAUUUCUGGGUGAGAAACAGAUCAAAAUUGACAUCCUAGUUUACAAUAACUCUUGACAUCCACAGUCUCCUUGGAGUGAUCGCGAGAGAAACUCGUUCACACAUCCUAGCGCUUCACGUGUGCACAGAGGUCAGUUUCUCACCCAAAAUGGGUCAUAUCUCUCCAGAAGACAUGGAUUAAACCAUCUGAGUCAUAUGGAUUACUUUUAUGCAGACUUUAUAUCCUUUUAGAAGUUUGAAAAUUUGGACCCCAUUGACUUGCAUUGUAUGGACAACAUGUUAUAUGUCCUUCAAAAUAGUCUUUGUAAUAGUGUUAGACAGAAGAAAGUCAUACAAGUUUAAGAUGGCAUAAGGGUAAGUAAGUAAAUGAUGAGACAAUUAUCCUUUUUGGGUGAACUAUUCUUGGGUGAACAUAUUAUAAAAAAUUUACUUUCCAAGAUUAAUAAAUGCUGUAAACAAUUCUUUGUUAUUUCAUGUGAACUACUGCAUUAACAACUGAUCAUGUAUACAACCUUACUGUAAAGUGAAACCCUGAAAUUAAAGGAAGCACUAGUUUUAUAUGACAGUCAAUUCUUAGGCACCAAAGGUUAGUUGAUUCAAAUAUUUCUUAAUUGUAUACUGUACAAUGUUAAAGCCAAAACAGCUUUUUGCAUGAAAGGUUUUUUUUUUUUACAGUGCAUCAGCUACUGUGUUGAUUGCCUGCUUUGUCGUGCUUCACAAUUAAAACUAGAUGCAACAUGAAACAACAUCAAUAGCAUAGUGGAAUGAAACAAAGUGCUGAUCAAGAUAAAGUAUUUCUAUAUGCUGAUACCAUAUCUCAACCUGUUUAUCUCGAAAAUAAUUGGGUUAUUACAGCUGAUUGACUUUACAUAUGUAAACGGCUUGACAACAAACUGCCAUCUAGAGGAGAAAAGAGGUAUAACACCUGCUUACCGCAGGUUUGUUACCCAAAAAACAUCACUUUAUGAAAAACUGGAAUAAUGACGAAGCCACAGAGCUUUUCAACAUCACAAAAACUGCUGCCGAAUCGAACACUGUUCCAAUAAUCUCAGUUCUUGAAGCGGGUCUGCUCACAUAUGUGGUUGAAUUUCCUGAUAAAAAAAAAAAAAAAAAAAAAAAGAGAAAACUAUAAGAUUAUGGUUGUAUGAUCACCUGAAUUAUUGAGAAUGAUAAAGAUAUAUUGCCAAUUAAUUUGAUUAAUGUUAUAAAUGUCCAAACAGAUCUUUAAUGUAGU